GCUCAAGAUGAAGUCAUAGGGGUUCUUAAGGCAGAAAAAAUUGACCUGGCUUUGCUCGAAGCACAAUAUGGCUUUGUAACUCCCAAAAAGGUGCUAGAAGCACUCCAACGAGAUGCUAUUCAGACAAAAGCUACACAAUGGCAAGAGGAUAUCUAUGAAAAACCUAUGGGAGAGCUUGACAAAGUUGUUGAGAAACAGAAAGAAACUCACAGACGAAUGCUGGAACAACUCUUAAUGGUAGAAAAAUCACACAGACAGACUCUGUAUGAGCUGGAGGAUGAGAAAAGAAAGCACACAGAGUAUAUGGAAAAAAGUGACGAGUUUACCAAUUUACUGGAACAAGAACGAGAAAGACUGAAAAAGCUUCUUGAACAAGAAACGGCUUAUCAGGCAAAAAGAGAGAAGGAAAACAACAAGAAGACAGCUAAACUAAAAGAAGAACUAACAAAAUUGAAAUCAUUUGCGUUAAUGGUGGUGGAUGAACAGCAAAGACUCACUGAACAACUAAACCAACAGAGUCAAAAAAUUCAAGAGCUAACCACCACUGCAGAUCAAGCAUAUGUGAAGCUCACCGUUGCUGAAGCAAAAGCUCAGGAAGAGGAGCAAAAAGUUAUCAGGCUGGAGGUUGAACUGCAGGCCCAGAACAACAAGAGUUCCCAAGACCAAGAAGCAAUGAUGGCCAAGCUAACCAAUGAAGACAGUCAGAAUCGCCAGCUCCGGUUAAAGUUAACUGCACUCAGUCGACAAAUUGAUGAACUAGAAGAGACUAAUAAAUCUCUGCGAAAAGCAGAGGAAGAAUUGCAAGACCUAAGGGAUAAAAUGAAUAAGGGAGAGUGCGGAAAUUCUACCCUUAUGGCUGAAGUUGAAGAAUUACGGAAACGUGUGCUGGAAAUGGAAGGUAAAGAUGAAGAGCUCAUAAAAAUGGAAGAGCAGUGCAGAGAGCUUAAUAAAAAAUUAGAAAAAGAAGCAGCACAGAGCAAGAACCUUAAAGCAGAAGUUGACAAACUCAACAAAAGAAUCAUGGAACUGGAGAAACUAGAAGAUGCUUUCAGCAAGGGCAAACAAGAGUGUUACUUUCUGAAGUGCAAUCUAGAAAAAGAAAAAAUGUUAACAAAGCAAUUGUCCCUUGAACUGGAUAGCUUAAAAGCUAGAAUGGGAGAGCUUGAAGCCAUUGAAAACAAGCUAGAAAAAACAGAAGUCACACUUAAGGAUGACCUAACUAAACUGAAAACACUGACAGUGAUGUUGGUGGAUGAAAGGAAAACAAUGAGUGAGAAAAUAAAGCAAACCGAAGAAAAGUUAAAAGCUGCAAAUACUCAACUUCAGGUGGAGCAAAAGAAAGUUCAGACAGUUACAGAAAAGCUAAUUGAGGAAAGCAGAAAGGCACUAAAAUCAAAAUCUGAUGCAGAGGAAAAACUGUCUACUGUAACAAAGGAAAGAGAUGAACUAAAAAACAAACUGAAAGCAGAGGAAGAGAAAGGAAGCGAUCUUGUUUCCAAAGUAAAUAUUCUAAGGAAACGGCUUCAGUCCUUAGAAGCCAUUGAAAAAGAGUUUCUGAGAAAUAAACUCAAAGAGACUACUAAAUCCAGCACAUCUUUACAGCAGGAGAACAACAAAAUAAGAGAACUUUCCCAAGAAGUUGAGAGGCUGAAACAUAAGCUGAAAGAAAUGAAAGCCAUAGAAGACGAUCUCAUGAAAACUGAGGAUGAAUUUGAGUCUCUAGAACGAAGAUACAUUAAUGAACGAGACAAAGCAAAGUUUCUGUCAGAGGAACUAGAGGUUGUAAAAAUAGAACUGGCUAGGUAUAAACUGGCAGAGAAGGCAGAGUCCAACCAAGAGCAGUGGCUUUUCAAAAAGCUUAAAGAAGAAGAAGCUAAGUCGGGUCACCUGUCUCAGGAGGUAGAUGCAUUAAAAGAGAAAAUUCAUGAGUAUAUGGCAACAGAGGACUUAAUAGGUCAUCUACAGGGGGAUCAUACAAUCCUGCAAAAGAAACUCAUGCAACAAGAAAACAAAAACAGGGAUUUGGCAAGAGAAAUGGAAAACCUCAUGAAAGAAUUAGAAAGGUACAGGCGCUUCAGUAAGAGCCUCAGACCGAGUCUCAAUGGAAGGAGAAUUUCUGACUUGCAGGUUCUCUCUAAAGAAGUCCAGACAGAACCAGCUGACAAUGAACCACCUGAUUACAAGAGCCUUAUUCCAUUAGAACGCGCAGUCAUAAAUGGGCAGUUAUAUGAAGACAGUGAUAAUGAUGAUGAAGACCAUAAUGAGGAGGAGCAAAUGAUCUCUUUUAAAUGCAAUUCAUCCAUUGCAAAUGCUGUAAACAAAAAAUUAUGGAUCCCAUGGAUGAAGUCCAAAGAAGGCCACCCUCAAAAUGGAAAAAUUAAUGCAAAACAAAAUGGAAGUUUUGCACAGCCUGGAGAUCUAGUUCUAAGUCAUACACCUGGACAGCCUCUUCAUAUAAAGGUUACUCCAGACCAUGGACAAAAUACAGCGACACUUGAAAUAACAAGUCCUACUACAGAAAGUGCUCACUCUUACACUAGUACUGCAGUUAUACCCAACUGUGGCACACCGAAACAAAGAAUAACUAUUAUUCAAAAUGCCUCCCUAACUCCUAUAAAAACAAGAGUGGCAGAAGGCUACAUGACCCCAGAGCAAGCUAUGUCACCUCUUACUAUGGCUGCUUUUGCAAGAUCUCAAACACCUGAAUCAUGCAGCUCAGUAACUCCAGAAAGGACAAUGUCCCCCUUGGCUCUGCCAGGCUCUUCCAGUGCUCAGGAACAGAUACUUUCAACAGAGCCUUUGGAAAUCAGUGCCAAGCAUGCUGUUUUUAGAGUAUCUCCAGACAGGCAAUCAUCCUGGCAGUUCCAAAGAUCUAACAGUACUGGUUCAAGCGUAAUAACUACUGAGGAUAAUAAAAUCCACAUUCAUUUAGGAAGUCCUUAUGUUCAAGCUCUUAGUAAUUCAGCAAAGUCCAGCAGCCCUUGUACUCCAAUGCAGGAUAGCAGAACACCAGCACUAUCUAAUGGAACACCCAGUAAACCUACCAAUAAAAUCACCAGCAGUAUCACUAUCACACCAACAGCCACGCCUCUCCCACGACAAUCACAAAUUACAGUAAGUAAUGUCUAUAACUGACCCCCCGUCCAUGCUGACACCCUUACCAGCAACCCAUCCUGUUUUUUUCAUCCCAGCAAGAAUUAUUUGGAGUACCCUUUUAUUUUGGGAGAGAUCUAUGCAUGAACUGUACUACAGUAUAUGGAACUAAUGUUAUGUUUUGCCUGCUUAAUCAUAUCAAGUGUGCACUUACUGUAUAUCUUUUAAUUGAAAUACUUUAAGUAAAAUACUUAGUCUUGCACUUGUAUAAAUGCAUCAUUAUGUAUUUACAUUUUUAAUAACUCACAUUAAUUUUUACUGCAACUUGCCUCGGUGAAAACAUUUCUAAAACAGUAAAUAAUGGAUGAUUUUUAUUACUGCUUUCAGAAUUCUUGUUCUCUGUGUGUUGUAUUUCUGCAUGUAUGACAGAAUUUGACCUUAGUCCCUGCAGUACCUGCUAACUUCAGAUAAGACCUGUUUUGUUGCCUUUCUUGAUUUCCCCAGUAUAUCGUAGCCCUAUUUUUCAGAUGAUUAUUUUUAGAUUAAACACACACAAAAUUAUAUGUACAAUGCUCAUUUGAAAUUCAGUCCACAAAUAAUGUGUUUUAGGGCAUGCCAAUCCCCACUUUGUUUUGUGUUUUUCUUAAAUAUCGUCUCCUUGUGUUAAAGCACCAUUUUCUUCCUUAGGUCUUUUCCUUAUUAUUGAGUUGUAUUUAGAAGUUUGUAUCAUAGAAUUAAUAUUUUUCCCAAAAAAACCAAGUUCCUAGUCUACAUGAAAAACGAUUACUGGUUAAAAACAUUGUAAAAGUGUUAAUGAAGACAUUCACAUUUUUUAAAGAGUUAGCUAGAAGACUGGAUUCACAGUAUGUUUUUAAUAUUCAAACUAUGUGGGAGGGGAGACAGGCUGGAACCUAAACAGCAGCCAAGCAUUCUUUGUAUUGGUGAGUCACCAUGAAGUAAAGGCAACAAAAGGUAUGCUAGGGUACCCUAAAGUUUCUGAAAUAAGGUAAGUGCAUUAAAACAUGCAAGAUCUUUCAGCAAUUUGAAUGAACACCUCCCUUCAGUGUACACUAUUUGUCCAAUACUUAUUUUAGACAAAAACUGGAUAAGAUACAACAGGACGGAGGCUGUAUUAGUGCCUAUAACAUAAUAAAUAAUGACUGUAGAAUAAAAAUAUUGCCCUCAAUUUAUCUGUCUACUGAGAGCAUGAAGCAGUCAAUUCUAGCCACCUGAAACUGUUGCACGCAGUAGGACCAGAUUCAUUUUGAAUGAUUCAUAUUAUCAGGUUAAUUUUUUAAAAAUCCGUUUCAACUUCUUUCCCUCUUUUCCAAUGAGGACCUGUCAUUACAAUUCACACUUUUCAAAGGAGCUUUUUAAUAUAGUUCAACUUGUUAACUUGUAACAUAGUUAACUUGUAUACUUAGAAAAAAAUUCUUAUUACCUUCACUGCUAAUAAAAUGUGCGUGUAAAGGAAAGGUCUCUACCUAAUAAACCAUAGAGUUUUCUGCCAAAUUCACCUGGAGCUGAAAAAUUAGUUCCUUGCUUACAAAAUCUAAAUUUAACUAAUUUUCAACAUACAUUAUUUGCAACUCAAGAUCAUGCCUUACCUCCCAUUCUGUUGACAUAUAUGCAAGUUCUGCAUGUAUGCCGUUUAAAUCAGCAGAUAACUCUAGAUGCCUGCACUCUUAUAGUACACAUUUUACAGUACUGCAUCUGCCUGAACCUUUAAAAAUUCUUAUGCCAGUCCUCAUAAAAUUAGCCUAAAACAUUCUUGCUUUGACUUCAGUUUUAUGAAAAAUAAAAUAUUCAGCAGAUACACAGAAGAUGGAUAGACCAGUACACUUCAUGUCUUUCAAAAGUUAAUUAUAGAGAUGCGCUGAUAUAUAGACCCAUAUCAGACUGGCACUGAUACAAGGAAAAUUUACAUUAUGUGUGGAGGGGCAAAGUGGGGGGGGACAGCUCCUGCCACUGUGCGCAGCCCCAGGAGGGGCAUGAGGGACAUAUGCCCCCUGGACUUCUGCACAGGGUCAAGGUGGGCUGUGCCAGCCUCUUUGCAGUGGAGGGACUGGGCAGGCAACAGUGGCACUGGGAAUGGGGCUACAAGGUGGGCUAUGGCGAAUUUUGGGGUGGCUAUAACCCACCGUGUAGCUCCCAUCCCACUGCUGCCACCGCCCACCCCAAGCACAGCCCUGCCCCAAGCCCCCCUGCCCACAAAAGGCCAGAACAGACUCUGGCCCCGAGCCCACAACAGGCAGCCAGCCCUUGCCCCGCACACAAAUCCGGGGGCACAUCCCUACCCCACACCUCCCCUGAGGGGAACAGUCACCCCACCACCACCUGCGCCCCCCAAAUUAGUUGCCCACAGCUCCUGCCUCUGCCCUUGUCCAUUCCCUCCCUCACCAUGGGGGGGGCCUCGAUCUGCCCCCUCCAGGCCCUUCCCUCCCUACGCACUUACCGGCCUGACGCUGCUCUCCAAGCUGCAGGGCUGCAUAUCAGUAUUGGGUUGGUAUUGGCUGAUAUGGCUAGUUAAUAAUUGGCCAUCGGUAUCAGCCAAAAAAAUCUUUAUUGGUGCAUGACUAGUUUA